AUGCUAACUUUAAUAUGUAAAUUUAAGGUGAUCGAGCACAACGAGCCACUCCUCCAUUUGACAAUCCGUCUGAAAUUGGAGCGUUACAAAGAAGAAUUGGAGCGUUUGGAUGAGCCGUUGGACAGAAGCACGUGGUAUCAAAGUCCGGCACAGGUUGACGCCUAUUACGCGCCGAACAACAACGAGAUGAUCUUUCCGGCCGGUAUCAUGCAAUUCCCAUUCUUGACAAUCGGUGUCCCCAACUAUAUCACGUAUGGAAUGGUCGGCGCCGUGAUUGGACACGAAGUCUCACAUGCGUUUGAUGAUCAAGGCGGUCGCUAUGAUGAGUGGGGAAACUUGAACGAUUGGUGGGACGCGGAAACGGCGCAGAAAUUCGCCGACAAAACCCAGUGCUUCGUGGAACAGUACGGAUCUGUUGAGAUCAAAGAGGCGAAGAUCCGAUUGAACGGCCGGCUGAGUCUCAGCGAGAACAUCGCGGACAAUGGGGGAGUGAAAACCGCGUUCAAUGUCGGCAUACAAAGCUUGGCGACUGAAGACGAGCCGGCGCUUCCUGGUUUCCAGAAUUUCACCUCCGAACAAAUGUUUUUCCUUGCUUAUGCGAAUAACUGGUGCUUGGUGAUGGCCGACGUUCACGCGCCGUCAAAAUAUCGAGCCAUCAUCCCGCUGCAGAAUCGAAAGGAGUUCUCUGAAGCAUGGAAAUGUCGCGACGGAUCAAUGAUGAACCCACGGCACAAAUGUCAAGUGUGGCGAUGGGUGUUUUUUUUGAUUAUU